AUGCAUUUUCCUCUAAGUUUCUUCCUUCCUUACGUGGCCAUGGCGAGCUGGGCAAAUGCCCUUCCAGACUUUAACCAACCACUCGCGAGCUACAAGUGGCCAACCCAGUUUGUUCGCAGUGAUCAGGCAAACAUUCAAGUCCUGGUAGAAGGUGCCGGACCUACAGUGGUGCUUCUCCCAUCCUAUGGAAGAGACGGUGGGGAGGACUACAACUAUUUCACCAGCAAGCUAGUAUCUGCUGGCUACCUUGUGCUGCGUCCCCAGCCCCGGGGGACCUUCGAGUCGACCGGCCCCAUGAGCAAUGUCAGUCUAGCGGAUUUGGCAGCAGACGUCGCAGCCACUAUCGACGCCCUGGGUAGCGGCAAAGCAAUUGUUAUCGGCCAUGCCUUCGGCACAUUUGUUGCAAAAGUGAGCUCCGUUCUGUACCCGGAGAAAAUCCCCGCCAUAAUUGUCGCAGCACCGGGGGGCAUCGAUCUACCCACCGACGUUGCACAACUUCCCUUCGUUGCAGGCAACACUUCGCUACCUCUUUCAGAGCGUUUGGAAGCUCUGCAGUCCGCAUUUUUUGCUCCAGGUCAUGAUGCCCAUGUGUGGUUGGACGGAUGGUAUCCUGAUGUUCUUGCAAUGGAGCACGAUUCUGUGAAGGCUUACGGCAGCUUGACACAGCACUGGGCCGGUGGAAACAACACGCAGGUUCUUGAAUUGAUCCCUGCGGAGGACCCGUUUCAGCCUCGAAGCCAGUGGAAUGUGACGUCCACGUUGUAUCCGGAGCGAGCCACUUCUGUUGUUAUUGCUGAUGCUGCUCAUGCACUUUUUCCUGAGCAGCCAAGAGCUGUAGUUGAAGCUGUGUUGCCGUGGUUGAAACAACAGAGCUCAAAGCUGUGA